AUGGACCCAUUCUGGGCCCGCCACUUAGGCCACCAGGGGAUUAUUUGUUUCUGCAUUGUAGGAGGCACAUCCAAAUCGGAAUUGCGUGUGCUGGUGGUUGGGGAAACUGGAUGUGGGAAAAGUGUGACAGGCAACGCAUUGCUCGGCGCUGAUCUCUUUACCACUGGCGCUGAGGCUAAAGCUUACCCGAAAGACAAAUGCUUCCGCGGGGAGAGUGACAAGUUCAAAGGAUGGGAGAAAGUCGUAGUUGUGGACACCCCAGGAAAGUUUUUCCGUAUCAGUGAUCAAGACGAAAAAAUGAAGAAGGGCGAGAUCACGAAAAUUGCCGGAAUAAUGUCUCCUGGGCCACAUGUGAUUAUUCUCGUUCUCACCAAAGUCAAGACAGAUAACAGGGUAAGGAAGAAUGAGGAGAAAAUCGCACAGUUCUACACAAAAUCGUUCGGCAAGAACAUCGAAAACCAUUUCGUAUUUCUGUUUGCCGGUGAAGAUGAUGAUGCCACCGCAAAAGCAACUGUACCCAAAGACAAUUACCUGUAUCGUCUAAUGAGAGAUACACCCAGGAAUUACCUGGCUUUCAAUGCGACGGCUGCAGGUAAGGAUAAGAAUACGGAAAAGCUGCAUCGCAUCGUCAGUGGCGUUGUCGACGAAAACAAUGGGAAUUUCCAUACUGACAAGACAUUUAAAGAUGUCCAAAUGAAAAACGAAGAAAGAGCACAAGAACUUAAGGGACAGGAAGAUAAUCUUUAUCGUCAUGAUAUUGAAAAACUGAAGAAAGACCAGAAACAGAAGAUGGAUGAACUAAUACGUAGAUACGAUAGGUGGAUAAAAGAGGCUGAGAUGGCACACAAGAAGAAACUACACCCAGAUAGUCUAACGUCACAGGUACGUGACGAGUACCAGAACGAGACGGGAAUAUGGUAUACCAUUGCCGACGUGACAAUAUAUCUCUGGGAGGUUUUCUCUCCCUAUGUUAAAAAGUUUUUCAAAAAGUGAACACAGUUUCGAUUUUGAUAGACAUUUGCAUGCACACAGAGUAUAGUUCAAUAUACCAGCACCUGUAUAAAUUUCAUCAGAGGAUUUCUAUGUUGGAACCAGGAGGAGUGAAUUGCUUUAUACCCCGGCAUGUACAUGUAUGUUGGUGUCUGCCAAUCUAGACCAUGUUUUCAUAUUUUGAAGAGUAUGUUAACUGUUUUGCCAUGUAUAACCCAUCGUUAUAUAAUCUUAUAUAUCAAUAUAG